AUAAGUGUAGUUUGUUUGCAUGCGCAUUUGUUUACACUGUGUACAGCACUGAGUCGUAUGUUUGGUGCUAACAGGCAUCUUGUUUGGAGGUUGUUGUGGUAUAAUGUUCAGUCUGUGGACUUUGUGCUAAAUGUAUAAAUGUGGUGUUUUUUUAUUGAGCUACAGAUCAGCACCAUGUCUGGGGAUUUGGAUCUCUCGCCACCGGAUGUUCCUGAGCCCACGUUUUUUGAGAGUGUUUUACGUUAUGGUCUCUUUCUUGGAGCAAUUUUCCAGCUGGUCUGCAUUUUAGCCAUCAUUAUACCCACCUCCAAGAGCCACGAACAGGAAGAGACUUCAGAGCCUUCUGAACACAAAACCUCUGAGCCGAGCAGAAAACCCAAAGCACCCGCACAGCAAAUUCGUCAAAAACUAAAAAAGGAGAGCAAGAAGAAAAGAUAAGACUGAAUAAGUGUGUGAGCAAAAUGAAAAGUCUGGUACUAUUUUAUGACACAACCACAAGUAAAAACACUCUAAAGUUAGAAUCUUUCAUCAUGGACGAUCGGAAUUAAAGACUAAACCCAUCCUGCAGCUGCCUACAGUUUAUUUACUGCAGUAGAGCUACAACUCAGAUCAAUAGACACUUAAGUCAUUCAUUAGGUUACUAUCAUAAAGCUGUUGGUUAAAACGUUCAUUUAUAUUGGAAGAUUUCAAACUUUUUUGUAAGUCUGUAUAAUAAAACUGACUUUUGGACUACA